GAUGAGAUUCUUGUGAGAGUGAUGCCUGUGAUUGCAACAUCCAGAAAAGCAAUUAUCAGAUGCAAUGAAAUUACAAAGAGAAGCUCUGUAGAAGCUCUGACCUCAGUGCUCAACUCAGAAACCUCCAGUCUGAGAGAACUGCAUCUGACUGUCAAUACACUGGAUCUGACCUGGAAUAAACUAGAAGAUUCAGGACUGAAGCGUCUCUCUGCUCUACUGGAGAAUCCUGAGUGUAAAGUGAAGACACUGUGGUUGGGUGAUUGUGGAGUAUCAGAUGAAGGCUGUGCUGCUCUCGCUUCAGCUCUGAGAUCAAACCCCUCACACCUGAGAGAUCUUAAUCUGUAUAUGAAUAAAGUAGGAGACUCAGGAGUGAAGUGUCUCUCUGAUCUGAAGGAUGAUGACCGUUAAAACUACAGACACUGAAGU